AAUGGUAUUAAAUGUAUUGAUAUUCUAAGCCAAAAGCAGCUAAAACAUCAAAAGCAAAGAAAUUAUAAAAAAGAGUUGCAGAUAGAAAAAAGAAUCCAUUAUUUGUUAAAGAAGCUAAAAAUUUCAGAAUUGGCAACGAUGUUUAACCUAAAAGAGAUUUAUCUAGAUAUGUUAGAUGGCCAAGAUAUAUUUUACUUCAUAGAUAGAAGAAAAUCUUACUUUAAAGAAUUAAAGUCCCUGCUGCAAUUCAUUAAUUCAGCAAAACAUUACAUAAAAAUUAAUGUAAAAUACUAUCAUUUAAUGUUAUUAGCUUCAAAAGUAUUGAAUUUAUUGAAAAAAUACCAACCAGAAACAAAAACUGAAAAGAAACAAAGAUUAACAAAAUUAGCUGAAUAAAAAGCAUAAGCUUAAAAAGGUGAAUCAAAAAAAGUACAAGUGUUGAAAUUUGGACUUAAUCAUGUUACUACAUUGGUUGAAACCAAAAAAGCAAAAUUAGUAUUAAUAGCUUAUGAUGUUGAUCCAAUUGAAUUAGUAGUAUGGUUACCAUAAUUAUGUAGAAGAUAAGAAGUUCCAUUUUGUUUCAUUAAAAGUAUUAAAUUUAAUCAUUUACUUUAUAGAUAAGGCUAGAUUGGGAGCAUUAGUACAUUAGAAAACAGCUACUUGUGUUGCUUUGACUGAAGUCAGAAAAGAAGAUCAAGCAGAAUUCGAUAAUUUAGUAAUAAUUUAAAUAUAAUUGUUAAGGCUCGUGAUUUAAGAUAACAUUAUAAUGAAAACCAUGAAUUAUUAAGAACUAUUGGAGGUGGAUAAGUAGGAAUAAAAUCAAGACAUUAAUAAGAAGCUUUAAAGAAAGCUUUAGAAUUGGAAGAAUUAAAAAAGACAUCAUAAUGAAC